GACAGGAAGAAGGAAAAGAAGAAAAGAACUGCUCGAGAGAGAAAGGAAGAGAAAGAGAAAGAGAGAGAGAGAGAAAAAGAGAGAAAGAGAGAAAGAGAGAGAGAGAGAGAGAAAGAGAGAAAGAAAGAGAGAGUAGCAGCAAUAGUAACAGCAGCUGUUGUGUAGUAGUAGAAGAAGUAGUAGAAGUAGUAAUAUAGUAGUAGUAGUUAGUAAGUGGUGUUACCGCGCUCGCGAGUGCGGCGGAAGAGGUGCCGCCGACACCUCGACGCGUCUCGACACCUGCGGAUCGUUUUCGGUCAGUCGUCUUCCUUCUCCUCACUCCGGUCACGUUCGUUGUGUGAGACCGUUUUCUCUCUCUCUCUCUCUCUCUCUCUCUCUCUCUCUCUCUCUCUCUCUCUCUCUCUCUCUCUCUGCCUGUCCGUCUAUCUAUCUAUCUAUCUCUCUGUCUGUCUGUCUGUCUGUCUGUCUGUCCAUUUAUAUAUCUGUCUCAAUUUAUCACAAAAGUAUUAUACAAGUAUUAUUUUCGUGUACGAAGAAACGAGCUAAGAGAGAGAGAGAGACUCGUUCUCUCUCUCUCUAUCUAUCUAUCUAUCUAUUUAUCUAUCUAUCUAUCCAUCUAUCUAUCUAUCUAUCUAUCUCUAUUUUUCUCUAUCUAUCUAACCUAUCUAUCUAUCUAUCUAUCUAUCUAUCUAUCUACCCAUCUCUCUCACACUCUCGUGUCACUGAUGUGGUGGUGUGUCGUAUUUUCUCGCGAGCGAGAGACUGCGGAAAACGCGAUCGAGGAACAUGAGGGACACGAGCCGUUACGAGUAUAUUACUAGUUGACAACGACGACGAAGAGGAAGACGAAGAAGACGACGACGAAAACGACGACGGCGACGAUCACAACGACAACGACGAGGACGACGACGACGACGACGUCGACGACGAAGGCCGUGGCGGCGACGACGACGACGACGACGACGACGACGACGGCGACGGCGACGGCGACGGCUGCGGGCUGCGGCGGCAGCGAGGCAAUAUUGUUGACGUCGACAAUCAGAACGACAUUGUUAGCGGACGAAAUUGUUCGACAACGUAAACAAACACACACGUAUAUAGGGAAAUAAAAGAAAGAAAGAGAUAGAGAUAAAGAGAGAGAGAGAGAGAGAAAGAGAGAGAGAAAGAACAAAUAGAAUUUGUUGCUGGUCGGACGAAGAAGAAGAAGAAGAAGAAGAAGAAGAAAAAGAAGAAGAAGAAAUUGUUCGCCGGACAAAACUAGUGUUAUUGUUUUCGUUGCUCUACGUGUGGAAGAGGUGGUGAAGCUGGAGGAAGAGGAGUUGGGGGAGGAGGAGGAGGAGAAAGUGAGUGAGGGAGAUAGAAAGAGAAAGAGAUUUUCGGACAAUACAUUGAUAAUAAUAAAUAGAAAGAGAAGAAAAAAUAACGACGAUAACGACAACGAUAACGACGGCAACAACAACAAUAACAACAACUAGACAGCUACUAAAUGGACAUGAGAUUUUCAUUGGUAGGAAGAGGAGGUGAGGGUUAAACGUUACCGAUAAUAACAAUAACAACAAGUAGACAAACGGAGGACGUUGAAACGUGAAGUGUCUCUACGAGGACUUUCCCCCCUCCCCUUUUACAUACUCCCUUCUCUUCUCCCUUUUCUUCUUAUUCUUAUUCUUCAUAUUGUUCUUAUUAUUCCUCUUCUUUCGAUUCUUCGUCAACUAAACGCUCAUUCGUUAUCGUUGUCCUUUUUUUUUUCCUUCUUCUUUUCUCUCUCCCUCCCCUUUUAUCAUACUCGUCGAAAGAGAAAAGUGAGGAGAGAAAGAGAGGAGGAGCAGAAGAAGAAGAAGAAGAGGAGGAGGAGGAGGAGGAGGAGGAGGAGGAGGAGGAGGAAGGACAACAUCCUCUUCCUCGUCGUCGUCGUCCAAUCCGUCGUUCGUCCCUCCUCGGUCCUCACUGAGGAAACCACCUUGGAAGUGCAACACGGAUCCGGACGAGGAACGACGACGUCGGCACCAUGAGGAUCAAAAUGCCCGCGGUCAGGAUCGCGCAAGCGGAAACUUCGCAAAGUAGUACGUCCCCAGACACCGUCCAAUGCGGAGGUUGUAGGGCGUCCUAUCCCCUUGGUGAGAUAGUUCGAUUUAUCGAGCACAAGGUCAAUCAUUGUCGCAAUACUCUCCAAGGAUGUCACAGUCCUCCGGCAACGGCAGCACCAGAGGACUCCGAUCCUGAGGACGCCCUUGCCCUUAAAAGUACCGAUCAGGAUUCAAAACUAAAUUCGGUACCAAGUAUUUCCGCGCCGAUCAACAAGAGGGGUGGUAGACUUGAAAGUCCACCAACGCCUCAGGGAUCGGCACCGGAUACCGGAAGUCCGAUCGAGCUUCGAGCUAGUGCAAGUUCGACGCCGAAAAGACGGACGGAGGAUAUCGACGAUGACAAGGAGGAACUUCCUAAGAAGCAAAAAACCGAGUCCGUCGAUGCCGAUACCAAUACCGUCAAUUCCGAACCAAGAUGGCUGCAAUGUUCGCAAUGCUCAAGACGAGUAUCGUCCGCGUGGGAGUUACUUCAGCACGCGCAAAGCGUCCACGGUGCACGUUUGUAUAGUUCGUCCUCGCCGUCGACGAAUUCGUCGUCGAAUACACCAGCACCGAGUCCACCCACGCCCACGCCAACGCAUGCGCAUCACCUGAGUCCGCCAAAUCACUUGAAUUUGAGCGGCAAAUCGACCGGAAGUUCAUCCGCGGCGAACAGUUCAGCUGGAACGAACACAAGUGGUAGCAGCGGAAGUCGUCAACAGCUUCAAACGUCGGCCUCUUUAGUUGGUGAUCCGCUACAUAGUUUUCUAAGGCUACCGCAACAUUUGGAGAGAAGUUUUCCACCGAUGUUUAGGCCAGAUUUUCUUGCGUUAAAUCCUUUAGCUGGUUAUAGAGGUCUCCAAGAGUUACAAACGGCAACGAGAAAUCUACAAAACCUUGGUGACCCAUUACGUGGUAUGGACGGUUUAAAUUUAGGUGACCCACUCGUCCGUAGCUCGUUAGAUUCGUUAAACAACGCAAGAAAUCUAGCGAAUUUAGCCGAAUUAUCGCAUGGCCGUGCAUUGAGUGCACAGGCACACCCACCACCGUUAGAAGCCAACCUGGAUUUUUACUCGGCGCGCCUAAGGAGCCUCGCUAAUCCGUCCUUAGGCGCGGCUCCACCCAAUAGCGGCAAUUCAAACCCUAGCAACUCGAAUCCAGCACCGCCUACUGUACAAAACGUUUUACCGGUACCUGGAAAUCUUCAAACACAGCAGCAGCAGCAGCAGCAGCAGCAGCAGCAACAACAACAACAACAACAACAACAACAGCAACAACAACAACAAUCUCAACAAUCACAACAAUCACAACAAUCUCAACAAAGACCACCGUCACGUCCACAACCUGUAGAACCACCGAGUCCUGCUACCAACAAUCCAGCCAAUCUUACGCAUAGUAAUCAUCAGAAAGAAAAUUCGCCACCUUGUUACAGUCAAAGUCCUAUUGGACAUCACAAUAAUAAUAAUUCGACGGAUAGCGAGAAAACUAGUCCGCCGGUAGCUUCAACUCCUAUCAUUGCCGAUUCUGGCUCGGAGACAGUUUACGCUUGCGAGGUAUGCGACAAGAAAUUUCGAUUCCAAUCGAAUUUGAUCGUUCAUCGGCGUAGUCAUCGAGAAAAGGAGAGACAAUAUCAACAAGAUAGUGGUAUGCAGGAUGGACAAACGGGUCAGCAGACUGCAAGGUGCGAAGUUUGCGAGUUGGAAUUGUCUAACUUCGCUGAGUUGAGGAAACACAUGAGGAAGGAGCAUCAGGAGACGUUGAAUAUUGCCGCUAGUCCUCAAGGAAGCGUCGAGACGGUACCAGACGAUGGUUCAAGUUGCGACGAAAAUAUGGAUUUAGACGAAGUUGAGGAUAACGAUCAGAAGGCCGACAGAGAAGACACCGAAGAGAACACGCCGGAGGAUUUGAGUACUACCCAGGGUCAGAGCGGGGAAGAGAGCGGUGGUAGAAUCGAUCAGAAACCUGACAGUUUAGUAGGCGAUCUAAUGGAAAAGUUUGGCUUGAGUAACAUAGCGCAAUAUUCGGAAGCAUAUAGGCAAGCUCUUCAAGAAAAUCAUCGUGGUGGUUUUAUAAAAACCGAAUCAUCAUCGAAUCUAACCAAUUCCUUGAAUAAUAACAAGGAAAAGGAUAGUGCAUUGUCACCUACGAACUUUAAUUCAUCGACAACGCCUAAUAUAUUUUCUGGACAAGGCUUUCCAAGAUCGUCUGGUCCGGAUUUCGGUGGUCUAUGGUUACCAAGUCCUCAUUAUUUGGAAAACAACGAAUUUCGAAAGGCCUCGAAGGCAACAACGUCCAGUCUUGCAUUGCAAGGUCUGCCGAGUCCCUUAUUGAAGAAAGAACGAAGUGGUAGAAACGAUACCUGCGAAUAUUGUGGUAAAGUAUUUAAAAAUUGUUCGAAUCUGACGGUUCACAGACGUUCGCAUACCGGCGAGAAACCGUAUAAGUGCGAGCUAUGUUCCUACGCAUGUGCACAAAGUUCUAAAUUAACGAGGCACAUGAAGACGCACGGUAGACACGGUAAAGACACAUACAAGUGUCGUUUCUGUGAGAUGCCAUUUUCUGUACCUAGCACACUUGAGAAACACAUGAGGAAGUGUGUGGUGGUAGUGCAACAGGGUCCUAAACUCGGUAUGCCGUAUCCCGGUAGUCAGGAUGAGGAUUCGUCUUUGAGCACCAAGGACACUUGAUCCUGGAAUGGUAGUUUACCGCCCAUUCCGCCAUUGUGGCCUCACAGGCCACCAUACCCGGUCUACUGAAAGGGGGUGAUUCUUCGUCAAGGUCAAUCCGCAUGGCCUUGAAAGUUUACCGGAACAUACAGAAAGAGACAGAGAGAAAGACAGAGAGAGAGAGAGAGAGAGAGAGAGAGAGAGAGAGAGAGAGGGAGAAGAAGAGAAAGGAAGAUAGGGAGAUCCUCCUUGAUAAGGUCCUGUCAAACGAGUCCAUUUAAAUCCUGUUACGUUCGUAUGAUUAAAUCAUCAACGAACGUAUAUUAAGAUAUAUCACUUUUGGAGGUCGCCUCUUGGGAUUAGGAGAGUGCGAUCAAUUCGACAAAAGGAUCUACAACAGGAUCUAUAACAGGAUCUACAAGUUCGGCUCUAGGAGCCUGGAAAUGGCCCCCAAGAUUACGACGAAGCCGAAUGGAAAUGAAGGGAGAUGAUUCUAUUCGUGAACAGAGAAAAAGAAAGAGAGAGAGAGAGAGAGAAAGAGAGAAGAAAAGAAAAAGAAAGAAGAAGAAAUAUAGAUUAAUAUUCCAAUGAAGGGAGUGGAAAAAGGAAAAGGAUACUCACGUACAUUAUAAAUAGACUCGAUAAGUUCGACGAAUGAUCUUUUCGAUCGCAAAUUAGUCGAUAGGAGAAUUCGAGUUAGUUUGGUCCAGGAGUGGAUAGAUAACGGGGUAAGGAGAGCUAAAUCUCUUGUUUCUUCUUUUGAUCUGUUAAAAAGAGAAGAGAAAACAAAACAACAACAACAACAACAACAACA